AUGGUGAAGCAGAAGAUGAACCAGUGCAAGGAUGCACAACUUAAAAAAGAACUGGGUACAACGUAUAGAACACUGGACAAGGAAGUGAAGAGUGCACGCAGAGACGAAAGACACUUCUACGACACAUUGGUAAGCGAAGCAGAACAGGCUGCAGGUAAGAGAGACCUGACAACAUUAUAUCAAAUGACCAGGUUACUAUGUGGGAGGGAAGAGAUCAACACAGAUGAAACCAAUGAUAGUGACGGGAACUUGGUUAGCAAAGAGGAGAAACAAAGGAAACGAUGGGCUGACUACUUCAAAAAACUCCUGAAUCGACCACCAUCACCACCUGCAACUCGUCCAAAAAUACCACCAGCAGCCCAGCCACAGAACUACAAGUGA